AGUAUAUUUAGUCAAUCCUCUUUGGUAAUUCCUAUCAAGCAUUAGGUUUAAGUACUCAACCAAAUCAAUCUCUCUUCAUAUAUUCCUCCCAACAAUUCAGAUUAGCACAUAUAUUUCUCAUGUUUUUAUUUAUCUUUGGAAACUUACGGUUUAAUCAUCAUUCGAGCAAUUACCACCAGACUCCGGCUUUCAGUCUGGUUAUUUCAACGAUUUCUAGAGAAUUGUUAAAGAUUGAAACAUGAUCACAUUGAGAGGAAAGUUAAAGAAAGACACGGAUGUUGAAAAUACUAAGGCACGGGACAUUAACACGCGAAUCUCAGUUAGAGAUAAACUUCUUGUGAAGGAGGUGCAGGAGAUGGAACAAACAUUACCCAACACCUGCCAAGUGAGUUUUGAUAACCCCGACCGAUUGCACCAAUUCAAUCUGGCCAUUGCUCCUGAUGAAGGCUACUGGCUGGGGGGUACAUUCUUAUUUCAUAUUUCUAUUCCUGAGGAGUAUAACAUGACACCACCGAAAGUCAAGUGCAUAACAAAAUUAUGGCAUCCCAAUAUUAACGAAGACGGUGAUGUCUGUUUAUCCAUCCUGAGGCAGAGCAGUCUCGAUGGAAUGGGUUGGGCACCCACUCGAAAACUCAAAGACGUGGUUUGGGGAAUUAAUUCAUUAUUCACUGAUCUUCUCAACUUCGACGACCCAUUAAAUAAAGAGGCGGCGGAACAAUUCUCAAAGGACAAGGAGACAUUCAAGAAUAAAGUGCGAGAAUAUAUGAGUCAAUAUGCACGAAGAUGAUUCAAAAAUUCUCGGAAACAUCCUACAUUGCUACAUCUAUAAUCCAUUUAUAACAAUUUUCUGUGAGUUCUAUUUUUUUAUUUUGUAUUUAAUAUUCCAUUGCUAGUCUUACUGAUAUGAGUUUCAAUUAUUAUCUCGGCUAAUCACUUUAUAAUUAUUUCUAUGGAAAGAAAGGAGAAAAAAUAUGUACAGGACACUAGAUCAAUAUUUUUCAGCGUUCAAGUCUUUAUUUCCAAGAAACAUUUUGUAAAUAAAGAAAAAAAAUUAUAUAAAUUAUUAACAUGCAAUUCAUCCCAUAAUUAACAUUUUUGUACAGUUUUUCAUGCACUCGUGUCAAAUGUGAACCAAUGGAGGCUGCGAUAAUGUCUCUUAAAAGGUUUAAAAAAUAAACAACAGAAUGAGAGCAAGACAAUUGUCGAAUCCAAUAACCGUGCCAUGUGAUGAUCUAUCCCUUGAAAUUAUUUCCAAAAAUGGCCCUUUUUUUUUUUUUUUUUUUUUUGCAAUUGUU